GCCGGCAGGGCCACGGGGCUGCAGGGCCACUGGCCACCCCAGGACGGUGACAGGGAGGGGCUGGGAGCACCUGCUGGCACCUCCCGUGUCCCUGCGUCACCUCGUGGCUUCCCAGAACCUCGGCCCCACCAUGGGGUGUUUAUGACAGAGCUGGGAAGCAGCUCGUGGGCUGGGGGUGUUGGAUGGGCACAGAGGAUCCCCAAAGGACGUGUCUGGGCAAGGUAAGAGACUGGGGGGGGGGCCAGGAAGGAGGGUGGGCACAGUCUGUGGGGUCUGUGUCCUCUGCAUGCCCUCCGGGCCCCACCAAAGCUGGGCUGUGUCCCACUGCAUGUCCCCGACCCCUGCACUGCCCCCAGGCACCGUCCUGCCCCCGGCUCUGAGGAUGCACAGGCUGCUCCUGCUCGGCUGCCUCUGGCUCCUGGCAGCACCCCCAGCGUCCAGCAUCUUCCAGAGGCCAACAGGGACCCCAGCCCCCCCGCACCUGCAGUACCUGCUGGAGCCCCUCCACCCCACGGUGCACACGCAGCGCGGCGCCACGGCCACCCUGCCCUGCGUCCUGCGAGCCCUGCCCCACAACUACCGCGUCAAGUGGAGCAAGGUGGAGCCGGCCAACUACCGGGAGAGCAUCAUCAUCAUCACCAACGGGCUGUACCACAGGAACUACGGGCCGCUGAGCCCGCGGGCGCGCCUGCGGCGCAGCCACCGCUACGACGCCUCGCUCACCAUCACCGACGUGGCGCUGGAGGACGAGGGGCGCUACCGCUGCCAGCUCGUCAACGGGCUGGAGGAUGAGAGCAUCUCACUCACGCUGCACCUCGAGGGGGUUGUCUUCCCUUACCAGCCCAGCAAUGGGCGCUACAAAUUCAACUACCACGAAGCCAAGCGAGCCUGCGAGCAGCAGGACUCCCGCCUCGCCACCUACCAGCAGCUGUACAAAGCCUGGACAGAGGGUCUGGACUGGUGCAACGCCGGCUGGAUCCUCGACGGGACCGUGCACUACCCCAUCAUCAACUCGCGGGAGCCGUGCGGGGGCCGCCUCCUCCUGCCCGGGCUCCGCACCUACGGUGCCAGGGACAAGCUGAAGGACCGGUUCGACGCUUUCUGCUUCACCUCUGCUCUCCAAGGUAGGGUUUACUUCAUCCGGGGCCACCUCAACUUCAAGGAGGCGGGGCAGGCGUGUCGCAACCACGGGGCCGCCAUUGCCAAAGUGGGGCAGCUCUACUCUGCCUGGAAGUUUUCUCAGCUGGAUCGCUGUGACGGGGGGUGGCUGGAGGACGGCAGCGUCCGCUACCCCAUCACCACCCCCCGGGAGCGCUGCGGGGGCUUGCCCGAGCCCGGCGUCCGCAGCUUCGGCUUCCCCAGCAAGGAGAUGAGGACCUACGGCACCUACUGCUUCGUGGGGAAGUGAGCGGGCCGCGCUGAGCAGAGGGGACCGCGCCGGGACGGCAGCGCUCAGCGGCUGGGCAGAGAGCGGCAGGCGGGGUGGGAGGGGGCGCCUCCCGCAGGGUUGGGGCGGUAAAGUGGCAGAGCUGGGUGUGGGCUCCCCCGAAGGAGCAGGUGCCCGUGUCCUGCUGUGGGGCUCGUGGGGUGUUUGGGGCGCGCUGGAGGAGCCAGGGCCACGGCUGGGCCGGGAAGG